UUUUUUUUACUAUCUUUCCAGCCCUAAUACACACGUCUGUCUCUGAAAGCUUUGCACCCGUACCACGCACUUGCACACCUGCCCACCAUUCUCUCCUCCAGGAACCAUCCCCACCUCCUCGCCUCGAAAGCACCCCGCAUUACCACCAUAACUCCCACGCACCUCUCGCAAACCCAGCACCAGCACCGCCAGCACCCAUCUACCAUGCUUUGUUCCCUCAUCCGUAAAAUGUGUUCUACAACUCCAACUAGUCUCCUCCAGGAACAGCAGCUACAGAAAACCACCGCCUACCUUAACAAAGCCCUCGCCAGCAUGUCUUCGCACUCUUGUCUCGCGGCCUUCGAGCCCUCCACCUCGUCUCCUUCCCUUGCGGCCUUCGACCCCCCCACCUCGCCUCCUUCGCCCGCUAUGAGCAUGCAGAGCAUCAACGGCGACGACUUUGACGACCAUGAGCACCAGCAGCCUCGCAAGAUCAAGGUCAUGAUCAUCGACGACAACACCAUCAACCUGUCUAUCCUCUCGCGCCUACUCAGCAAGCACUUCGCAGACACGAUCCAGCUCGCCUCUGUCCAUAAUUCGGGUCUCUCCGCCCUUGACCAGCUCACCAAGGACAAGGUCGACCUCAUCCUCAUGGACAUCGAUAUGCCCGGACUCUCUGGUGUCGAGACCACGACCGCGAUCCGCAACAACAACUCCCAUACCCAGCACUCGAUCUUGGAGCAGAACAAGAAUGUCCCAAUCAUCGCCGUCACAACCUCCGAUGGUGAGGAGCAGCGCGAGCUCUACCGCCAGGUUGGCAUGUCCGGCUGCGUCUCCAAGCCCAUUAACAUCUCCAAGCUGCGCAUGGCUAUCGAGGAGGCCAUGAAGACCGUUCCAACCGUCGCCACAGGUUGAUCCCUCGGCCCCCGUCCUCUCUUUUUAAAUACCACAUCCCAAAAAAAUUUUGCUAUUUUCGCAACGCAAUUUUCUGCCUUUUUUUUGACACCCCCCCCCCCCCCCCCUCC